AGAAUGAAAAAAUUGGUGUCCCAUUUCCAUCUGUCUGGUCUAUCGUCUCUGUCGAUAUUUAUUAUGUCCUACACUACAUCGGAUCAUCCCCACCAACAAUUUGAUAGCAUCACCUCAAAAUUUUAGAUGAUUUUACCAAAAAUGGUGAUAGUAACAAACGAACCAUAUGCAGAAACAGAACCAAUGUUAAAUGCAGCAACUUCAGAAGAAACCUCUGAGGAAAUAAAAUUUAGAAGAAAUUCUUAUGCGGAAGCGUAUAAGAAUAUUACUAGUUCGAUGAAAGCGGACCAACUCCAGAUAGAGGACCCUAGUCUGGCAUGUAAACUACUAUCGACAGCAGUGAACCUAAAGAACAUGCCUCUAGCAAAACAGUGCAUUGAAAUCCUUGACAGAAAACUGGACAAAAGUAACGUCCUGUCCAUAUUUGCACAUCUAUCCCAGUGUAAAAUGCCAUGUUCAAAUCCUAACGACUUCGAACCAUCAGCUCCCCCCAUCGUGGAAAAUGAAAAUCUCCGAGAUAAAGACUGGGUUCAAGAAUUAACAGACAACCUGCGACAUAACUGCCUUUUGGAAAUUGAUAAGAAUGCGGAUUACGUUUUGAAACAAAACGAAAUUUUGGAUCUGUCGUAUUCUGAUCUGUUAGCUAUUAUAACAAGAGACACUUUAGAAGUGAAAAAUGAAUGUUUGGUGUAUGCUACAGUGUUGAAAUGGGCGACAAAAGAGUGUCACAGGAGAACUCUGCAGCCCCACCUAGUAAACAUCAAGGCUGUGGUUCGAGAUCUGCGGUAUGCGCCAAGAUAUGGACUUAUGUCGAAAAAAGAAUUUUGUAGUAGAACUAUAUACGGAGAAAAAGGGCCUACGCGAAGUGACAUCCUCGAAGAAAAAGAGUGGAGAAAAAUACAAUUUUUCAUCAAAGAAAAGAGUAAAAACAGGCCGGUAGAAGAUCUACCACAUAAAAUGUCGCAACCAAGAGUACCAGGUACGGAAAAACCAAAACUUUUGAGUUCCCAAAGCAGUAUUAGAGCAAUGGAUUGCCCAGUAAAAAGUAAAAAUACUCGCUGCACUAGCAGCACAACUUGUGACAGGUUUCUUUUGAAUUUUUUGACUUGUUGGUCCGCCAUUUUCGAUUAAAAUAUUGUUAACAUCUUCAAAGUAUUUUUAAAAGCACUUGUUCAUAACUAUUUCGAAGAAAACCACUAGCCACUUUUUGUUAUGAUGUAUUUAUUAAGAAAAACUACGUAUUAAUUAAACGACGGCUGAACUAUCGAAAUAUUUUAGAUUAAGAUAUUUACUAUGUGAUUUCUUUUUUAGCUUUAAUUGACUUAUAUGUUUUCUACAUGAAAUGUUAAUUUAGUACUUAAUAAGUACUUUUGUUGUGUUCACUAUUUAGUUUUUGUCUGAUUUUGUUAUUUUAGAUCUGUGAUGUGUUUCUAGUUGUAAUAAUACGUACCAAAAGUUAAUUAUUUCUUUUAUAUAUUUUUAGAACAUCUCGUUUAAAUCAUAAUUUAGGCUGGGCCUAGGCUUGUUUAUAAUAAAGGUUCUAUCACUGUUGGAAUUUAAAUCAAUUACUAUAUAAAUGUAUUUUAUGAUAAAAAAAAAAGUUCAAAUGAUAGGUGAGAUGUAUUGUACUAGAAUUUGAAGUGUUGUUACCAUCUGUUUCAGCAGAUGACGAUGUUGACUGGUGAAGUAGGCCACUUUUAUUAGUUGUAACAAUAUUUUUAGUAAAAUUUGAUUGCCAUAUUUUCUUGCAUAAUACACGUAUUUCUGUAUACCUACUGACUGUAAAACCAAUUAAAUCAUGUGAUAAAAUUG